UAUGGAACACAACGGUCGGUGGCACAACCACGCCUCGUCCCUCGCAUAUGUGGUCGCCCUCUAGUGAAACAAUUUAGCGUUGCAAAAUUCUAAAUAAGCAAGAAAGUGAUGGUACAAUAUAGUUUGAAUAUCAUCCUGCAGAGAAUACACUAACACAUUAUGCUUUAUUCUAAAUCUAUAGCCAUAGAUUCUCAAAUGCAAUAUAUGUUUGAAUGCUUGUGUAGGUUAUGGGCUGUCACAUUCCGCCGCCCUUCGUUAACAUCCAUAGUUAUCCAACUAGUUUCAGAAAAUACAUAAUGGAAAAGAGAAAGUAUUUUAUUCCACCAAUGGCCAGUAUGUUUAUGUCCAUGCAGUCACAAUAGGUAUAUAUGAGUCAACCUGGCAGGAGCACGCCUGGAAAAUUUAAACAUUUAUGCAUACUUCGACUAUAAAAGGUCGAAGAAAAAAAAGACAAUGCCGCUCUAGGAGGCCAGAUUACCGGGAAGCGUGCGCCACCCAAAACCUUUUACGCGCGUACCUUUAGCUGACUCGAUUACUUUUUACAACAUGGCUAUCGAUAAUCGAGUAGGGAAAGGCUAUUUUGACAAAUCACCGACCAAAAGUAGAAAAUGAUUCGAGUGAUAUUUAGCGCAACAUAGGGUUGCUUUAGUCAAUCCACUGUUCACGCACAUUGUGUUUUUAUAAACAGAUCGGUGUGCUCGAGCGCGUAACGUGCCAAAAAGUGCCACCGGCCGUUGUGUUCCAUAACAGGUUCUGGAGGGGGACGGCCCCAGACCCAAAACAUAAGAUGUCACUGCAUGUGGUUCUCCAAUCUAGAUAGUUCCCUUUAGAUAGCUCCAUGGAAGGCAUAAAAUAGAAAAUAUCAAAAUGCUGCUGCUAUGUUAAUGUCACACAUGUCAUAAUGCGUCUCCAGACGUGUAUAGGCCUACUUGACCCAGCAUGAAUCAUAAUCUUGUGGCAAGCAUCUCGCAUGGAAGAAGGCAAACGCACAACAUGAAACGGAACUGAAAGUCUAUUUUCUUCUUAACAUGCUUCCCACAACUCACUGUCACAACAGAUCUUAAGCAACCAGCAAGAUGGAUACAUUCAAAACGGUCCUCAACAUUGCUCAAAAACAGCAGGAAAGCUUGAGUUUGGGAUUUGUUGCCUUGUUCACCGCUGGCGGGGAACAGAUUUUUUCGAGUGUGGUUUUUAAGUGCCCAUGCAGUGACUGGAACUUUUCUUAUGGAAUGGUGUUCCUCCUCGUGCCUGCUUUGGCACUUUUAGUCUUAGGCUACAGCCUCAGCAAUAGGACAUGGAAGUUGUUCACAGGAAUAUGUCUCCGCAAAUCAAGGUUUCGCUGCAAAAACCUUUGCGGGUUUUGGGUGGUCCUCUUUCAGAUCACCACGAAGGCCAUGGUCGCUCCUGUCAGUUGGAUUGCAGUUGCAUUGCUGAACGGCAACUACUUUGAAUGUGCCAUGACCGGUGUGAAUAUAACGGUUUUCAACAAUCACCUGUGCCUUGGGAAGCACCAGCAGUGCGCAGCAGAGCUGCCGCUCUUUCCUUGUAAAGGGGGUACCGUGCCAUCUGCGGACAAGGAUGCGGUGCUGUCAAUUCUUCGUGCCGAGUCGCAAAUCUUGGGUUGGUUACUGAUUGCAUCUAUCCUGGUGUCCAGCCUGCUGCUGGCCUGUGUGUCCAGGUGCAACUCCCCAGUCAGCUACCUGCAGCUGAGGUUCUGGAAGUCCUACGCCCAGCAGGAGUGCACGCUGCUGGAGACCUUCUCCGAAGGCCACGCCCGAGAGCUGGCCCAGAGGAACCUGAAGAGCUUCUUCCAGGCACAGCCUCCAGAGCCCAUCACCACCCCGUCUAACCAGGCCUGGCAGAAAAUCUCCAACUUUUACCGUUUCAGCACCCGGGACCACUACUACAGCAUGCUUCACCAAUAUGUGGAUAACUGCCUGGGGCACAGAGAGGAGGAACUGAAAAGGGCCUUGUCCAUCCAAUCAGAUGGUCCUGAUGCUAGCACCCCAGGAGUGCUGGACUUUGUGGACGGUGGUAGGAUGCUGUGAAUGCAGAGGAUUUUGAUGGUAAUAGCAAAUCAUAUUAACUAACAAAAAAAUGAUAGGUUUCUUUCUACACCUGUGUGGCUUACAGAUUUUCACGAUUGCUAAAACACAUUUCUUGAAGCAGUCAACCAUUUUCUCAAAACUGUAAACACAAAACCAAAUAUUUAAACUCAAUUUCCAAAACCUCUCACCCUUCUGGCAAAAUCAAAGAAUCGCCCCUAAACCACGUAACUUUUUUUCAAAAUCAAACAAUGCUUUCAGAUCAUAAACACACCAAAUCAAUAUAUAAACACUAUGGAGCUAUACACAGACACACAUAGACACAACACAAAAAAAUGGAGAACACAGCAUCCAGGCCUAGUUACAUGUAAAGAAAAAUGUGUUUAUCUAUACACAGUAAAUGCAUUUACCUAGCAAUAAAUAAAAUGGAUUUUGGAUUUUGAAACUCUGGAUUUUGAUGUUUCAACACUCAUUGACACUUUCCUGAUGUCUGACUAUGUUUAGCCUGUGUUCUGCACCUCUCUUUCACCAACUGUCUCUGGAGGAGGGGAUCCCUCACUGAAUUGCCCCUCCCAAGGUUUCUUCAAUUUUUUCUCCUCUAGUGAGUUUUUCUGUGGAGUUUUUCCCUGUCUUCCUUGAGGGUUAAGGUUGGCUGACGGCCAGUUCUAUCGGCGUAUGUGAAGCCCUCUGUGACAUUGCUUGUAAAAAGGGUUAUACAAAUACUGUACAUUUGAUUGGAGUUACAGUAACAAUCACAACUUAGUACUGUCAACAAAGAACAAAGAAAAACGUAAUUAACCCUCUGGUGUGCUGGAUCUAGCCAUGAAAACACUCCACGCCUAUGUCACCAAAUGCCAAUUCCGUUGCCUGUAGGUGAUUUACCCUACACAAAGAAAAACUCUUCAAUUAGGUUGAGAAAAGGGCUGUAUGGUGGAAGGCAAACAUUUACAGUAAAGAAUGCUGGUUGAUGUUGACCUACUCUUGUAUACGGACACGACAGUGAAAGCUGACAUCGCCCCAAACCACCAUUAGAAAUAAGUGUGAACAAUGUGUGUAUGCCGCCUGUGUUUACCAUUUUGCAGCACAAGUGCAUCACAGUGCAAAAUGUGUUUAGUGAAUGAGAAUGUUUUUAGAGUUUUGCCAAAACAAUGUCUGAUUUGACAAAUUGAUUUAGUUCACUGAACAUUUGACUUAGAGAAUGGGGUUUAGUGUUUUAGCAAUUGUGAAAUCUGUAAUCUUUCCUGAGCCUAUCUACUUCACAUACCUUUGCUUCAAUCAGGAAAUGCAACCCAGACCUGCUUCCUGUGUGCGCUAAACCACAGAGUGUGUGUAUUACACAUACUAUAACUGACAUGUUAUAUCUUAACAAUCACCAAACAAAUGAUUGUUAAACUAACCUUUACAGCAUUGCUCAUCAUGUUCUUGUCCAUGCUAAUGCAAAAAAAUACUGACAUUAAAUUACAUUAUCUCUGAAAAAAACACUGAAUUCUUUAUGAAUGAGCUGGGUUGGGUUGGAUGAAGCCCACUUCAAACUCCAUGUUGUCCAACUCCACUGAUUGUAUUUUUGUCCUGUGAAACUGAAGUAAAAUG